UAAUGUCUAAAUAAAUUGUACAUCAUUAGUCAUAAAGUCUUUGGAAUUAUACAUUAUCACCAGGUACUUUUAUAUUUUUAAUAUUCAAGGAUGGACAAUGAAAGAAGUGGAGAUUCUGAACUUGGCGCUAAUGAAGUUCGGCAUAGGAAAAUGGCGCAAAAUUAUAAACUCUGAAUGUUUACCUGGUAAGAGUAUAGGAUAGAUAUAUAUGCAAACAUAAAGAUUAUUAGGGUAAUAGAGUUUAGGUGAAUUUAUGGGAUUGUCUGUAGAUCUAAAGAAAGUGUAUUUACAUAAUAUGCAAAAAAAGAAUGUAUUUAGAAAAAACAAUUCAAUUAUUAAUACAGGAGAUAAUUUAACAUAAGAAGAAAGGAAGAAAAGAAUAGCUGAAAACAAAAAGAAUGUAUUUUUUUGAUUAUUUUCUAGUUUGGUAUAAGUCCUGCUGAUAUUGCUUUAAUUAAAUUACCUAGAUAUCAUGUUAAUUCAUAGACUUCCUUUCUUUCUCAUGAUGAAAUUAUGGAAGGCAAUUUUACAACAGUGGAAAAGAUAAACAAUCUUUGUGCUUUGAAAAAAGAUAUCUUAAGAAAAUUGAAAAAAAUUGAGAAUGGAGAAUUAGAAGAAGCAUUUGAUGAUGAAGUAGAAUAAAAAAGAAGAUAUAAAAAAGUUAUGACAGAUUCAGAUUCUUCAUCAGCAUGA